CUUCGGAGUCACGUGAGUGACUUCGUGAAGAACCCCGCCUACGGUGCAUGCGUGUCAUAUCGCAUACACGCAUUGAACGUGUCGGACCUGGGGAGGAUGUCCCCUUGAACGGGAGAGUUAAAAAGCCGGUCGACGGCAGGUAAGUGAUUCUGCAUUUUCACCGUUUUUUAGGAAUGGAUAGAGGACGCAGAAAGGCUGUGAAGAAGCUGCAGGAUGUCGGCGGUAAAGGUGCCGGGGACCCGCAGCAGCAGCCGACGGCACAGGCAGUUUCCAUUGAGACAGCUGUGCCAGAUUCAAACCCCGCGCCGGGAAAAACUAAUUCUAGACCGGGCGGGAAGGCGAAACGCAAAACGAACCGCUGUGAAAGUGAGCCCGAAAAGUCGCCGGUAAAUACUUACUUGUAUAGCAGUGAUGAUGACCAGCUGCAGGGCAUGGAGCAGCCAGCAGCGACCGCAUCUGCAGAGCUCGGAAAACAGUACGAGUGGCUGCAGAAUGUGGGGCCGUCAUCAAUAUGUUCGGAGGAGUACCGGGACGGCGAACAACGGCAUUUGCAGCGGCCGGGAGCAACCAGAGCCGGUAGGCAUGGCGACGAGUUGCGAUUUAAACCGCGUGCGACUAGUGCCCGAGGGCACGAAAGUCGGCAGGAGCGGUGGGCUAAAAAGAAACACCCGCGAGCGACUAGUGCGGGAGAGCACGAAAGUCGGCUGGAGCGGUUGUGGGAGGAACAUCUCCAUAGUGUCAGGCUCCAGAAAAUGGAUAAAAGCCGCACACAUACAGGUGUAAGUCCCUCAGAGCAUGGCCAGAAAAGGCUGCUGGACAUAUCAUCCUCAUCUGAAGAGGGUGUUCAAGGGCUGCCUGACUCAGACUCUGAACAAGAGUCAGAGCCACGUUCCCAUAUGGAGGAUGAGGGAACACAGUUGCUGGACAUGGUGGGCACAUAUUUCCAGCAAGAAGAAACUGGAAAAGACCUAGAGGCCAGGAUGGCUGCCAGCAUUGAUUAUAUGACGACCCAUCACCUCAAAACUAAUACCUUAGCUGAGGUAUGGGCAAGACAUUUACCUCCGCGAAAUUGUGCGGCCCUGAAUGUACCCAAGGUGAACCGAAGCAUUUGGAGACACGUGGGGCAGGAUAUUCGGAGUCUGGAUAUCAAAAUACAGAACGCUAUUAAAGGAUAUAAUAGCUCGGCGGGUAUAACAGCUUUGGCCCGUACGCUGGAAAAUGUGGAUAUGUCAAAUGACAUGAAAGAUGCUUUAGCACUGUUUUGCAAUGUUCAAUUUGAACUGAACAACAUCAGGAAAGGGGCUAUUCAGCCAGCGUUAGACCCAAAAUUUGCAAUCCUGUGCAAACAGAAAGCCAUAAAACCUCAAAAUUUGUUGUUUGGGGGUGACCUAUCAAAACAGGUCAAAGAUUUGGAGGAAGAGGCCAAAACUUUGGGCCUAAUAAAAGCGACCAAAGGAUAUCUCGGAAAACGGUAUCAUCCUUAUGGGACGACUAAAAAAGCAAGUACUAAUAUGUAUAGUACGAAAAAUUGGAGAGAGGCCAGAGGUAACCAGCAACAGCGUCCUUUUUUAGGGGUUGGCCCGGGACGCCCACAAUGGAAAAUGCGGAAGCCUCCACUUCAACAUUUACCCCACUUUCAACCUCAAGGCCCUCCGCAACCUCGGUUAAGACCAAGAAAGUAACACCACCGAUAACCAUGGAGGGCUGCAUCUACAUCAGCAGCUAAUCGCCUGGAGGUACCGAUGGACAAAAUCCUCAGAACUGCAGGAUGGUCAUCAGAGAAAACGUUUCGCACAUAUUACAACAAACCAGUUAGAAAAGAAGAAACGUUUUCGGGCAAAAUUUUGAGUUCUAUUUAAUUUACACCUGAAGCUUAUAAGGUUUAUAAAUUGAUUUAAUAAAUAUUAUUUACAAUUUUGUUUAAAAUGUUGGUAUGAUUGUAUUUUUUUUUAAAUACCAGUAACAAUUUCUCCCAAACUACCAAGGCAGUUGUGAAGAUUGGACUCAUUCCACGGCAUGAGGUCACAGAGCUUUGAAGUCUUCACGAAGUCACUCACGUGACUCCGAAGUAAAAUAGUAAGAUUAAACGAGAACUUACCAGUUUGAAGUUUGAUCUUUAUUUUAUGAGGAGGAACGUUGAGGGAAUACGUGCCCUCCGCUCCCACCCUUAUAUGGUCAUAUCUUAAACUGGUAUCUCUUUAAUAAUCUUACUAUCUUAGGUCAUUAUUGUGUAUCUGUGACCUCACACCGCUGCUUUGAAGAAUGACACGCAUGCGCCGUAGGCGGGGUUCUUCACGUAUUCCCUCAACGUUCCUCCUCAUAAAAUAAAGAUCAAACUUCAAACUGGUAAGUUCUCGUUUAAUCUUACUAUUCUUGAUUAGUACGGAUGUCAGAGGUUAUGGGGAGAAGGCAGUAGAAUGGGGUAAGGAGUGAAUGAUAUAUCAGUCAUGAUUGAGUAGACUUGAUGGGCCGAAUGGCCUAAUUCUAUUCCUAUCACUUAUCAUCUUAUCGAUUUUUGAACACCACUAGUCACAAUUCUUCAGCCUGAAUAACACCCUUCCAGCACUAUCCCUUGUUUUUUUAUGGGCAAACCAAUUCUGAAUCCAAACCACUAAAUCACUACAGAUUCCAUGUAUCAUAUAGUCUGCCUACCACUGGGCACAUUAUCAAAUACCUUACAUUGCCUCCUCUAAACAAUCAAUCAAGUUUGUAAGACAUGAUCUGUUUUGCCCAAGCCCUGCUGUCUGUCCCUAAUUAUCCUGUUUUGUUUUAAAUGUGAGUUGAGUAAAUCCUAUCCUGAAGAAUUAUCUCCAGUAUUUACCUCCCCAUUUACACGAGGCUCACUGACCUAUAAAUUGUUAGAUUAUUGUAUACAGUAUGGUGGUGCAGUGGUGAUCCAGAGAUAUAAACAAAAGACACGGAGCCCUGAGAUCAAACUGCAAUUUAAACUCAGCUCUUGAUCUGGAAUUUAUUAGAAAAACAUUGACACCACUAGAUUUUUGAUAUAAAAAAUAAAUGAGGGCAGCACAGUGGUCUAGCUGGUAGAGCUGCUGACUCAGGGAGCUGCCCACACCUUGGGUGUCAUCUGUUUUGAGUUUGCACGUUCUUCCUAUGACAGCGUGGGUUUCCUCUGGAUGCUCCCAUUUCCUCCCACAUCUCAAAAAUGUAUGGGUUUGCAGGUUAAUUGUGUUCUGUAAAUCACACCUAGUGUGCAGGGAAUGGAUGAGAGAGUAUAAUAACAUAGAUCUAGUGUGAACAGUUGAUUGCUGAAAUAAACAGAAAUACCAUUUACAUUGUAUUCCAUUGGGAGGGGGUUCAGAGUGUCCUUGUAUGACAUGUGCUGCUUUUAAGACGUCACUGUGGACGCUUCUGCAGAGUCUUUUGAGUUCUGCCUUAUGCAGGGCAAGACGCGACACUCCAACCCCUUGGCUAUUAAAUCUGACUGUCAACAGUCUGAAAGUUGCGAGUUUCAUGCCAGUAAACAGCCUGUCCCACGUAGGCGACUUUUUGGGCGAGUG